AUGGAAGUCAUCGUUGUCGAAUGGAACCCCUUCCUUGACACUCCAUCCUUGGCAACGCUGGUGCGAAAACCUCCCGAGUCUCAUCUCAGUGUCAGGAUCAUCACCGUCGACAAGGCAUUUCAUGAUCAACACGUGCUCGGGUCAGGGCAAGACUUCUUCGAGUUCAUGGCCAAGAACGUCGGCGCUCGCAGAGCCCGCGGAAAGUUCAUUCUCAUCACCAACGGUGACGUCAUCCUCAACGACGCUCUCUUCGAGAUGCUCGCCUCCCGCCGCCUCCAGCAGGACGCCUUCUACCGCAUCGCCCGCACAGACCUGCCGGGGAUGAUGGACCCUCUCUCGCCGCUGGCCAUGCGGCUGUCGGCGGUCUCAGAGCUCGUGGAGAUGCUCAAGCCGGAGAGGACGUGCGCGCGGGGAGAGAAGGAGUGUCCGGGGGAGUACAACAGGGGGAUCUGCGAGAGCGGGGGGGCGCUAGAGGGGGAGGCGCGAGGGAGGCACGAGGGGGACCGGGACGCGGCGUAUCUACCGGCAGCAGGAGACUUCUUCCUGGCGUCACGGGAGGUAUUCCAUCGGCUCGGGGGGUACCACCAGGUACCGAGCACGACGCACUUGGACUCGCUGCUGGUGUGCAAGGCACGGGGGCUGGGGGUACGCCAGGUGGUGCUGCUGCAGCCUUGCAUGAUGCUCCACCAGCGUCAUCCGGCUCCGAUGCAGUCGCUACGAUACAUAUAUCCCGGUUGGGAGCUGAGCGAAGAGAACUGCAAGGCGAAGGAGGAGGAGGCGAGGAGCUUCAUGGCGGGGCUAGGAGGGGAGGGAAGGAGGGGAGAGGAGGAGUGCGGGGGGUCAGGGGCGAGCAUGAACUGCGAGUGGGGGUAUCCAGGGGAGAGGUUUAGGGAGGAGGAGGUAGGGGAGGCGGGGGCAGGGGACUGGCAGUUCCUGACACACGGGGGGAACAACGACGAGGACGUGGAAGUGCUGGUGCGGGACUGGUCUGUCAAUAUGCAUGACAGGCUCAAAGUGAUUCGCAACUCGCUGAAUAGCGGCGUCAUGGCGGACUCGAUCUGGAAGCAGAUGUACGUGCUGGCCCUGUUGCGGAGUGUUGCAGCUGCAACCGCUGAGCAGUCAAGGGCCUGCAGUCUCGAAGUUUAUUCCCGAUGGCAGGAAGAUUACCCUUCCAUGGACAUCGGAGACUGGUACAGGAUGUAUGGGACCAAGACUUGUAGGGACCCUGUCCCGAUGAUUUCUCCGUGGGAGGAGAAUCGAUCAGCACCGACUCGAGGAGAGACAUGCGGGGCCGGGCUGAGGGACGAGAACUUGUACUUGAGCAUCGUGGCAUCGGGAAGGUAUGAUGACCUGCGAGGAGAUUUUCCCGGCAGACUGCAGAACUUGAUUGACAUCACAUCUGCGCUGGCUGACGCAUAUCUUCUCCCUGUGGAGAUGAUAAUUGUAGAAUGGAAUCCCACGUACAUCUACAGCGGAGGGAAGAAACACACAGUCAAGCUCAGUGACUUGCUGAAGAAGCCCGAGAAUUCCUCUCUUGCCGUCAGAGUUGUCACCGUCGAUCAGGACUUUCAUCUGCGAUCUGGAGGAAGGGGGUCAGCAAAUUUCCUCCAGUUUGCGGCCAAGAACGUCGGCGCUCGCAGAGCCCGCGGAAAGUUCAUCCUCAUCACCAACGGUGACGUCAUCCUCAACGACGCUCUCUUCGAGAUGCUCGCCUCCCGCCGCCUCCAGCAGGACGCCUUCUACCGCAUCGUCCGCACAGACCUGCCGGGGAUGAUGGACCCUCUCUCGCCGCUGGCCAUGCGGCUGUCGGCGGUCUCAGAGCUCGUGGAGAUGCUCAAGCCGGAGAGGACGUGCGCGCGGGGAGAGAAGGAGUGUCCGGGGGAGUACAACAGGGGGAUCUGCGAGAGCGGGGGGGCGCUAGAGGGGGAGGCGCGAGGGAGGCACGAGGGGGACCGGGACGCGGCGUAUCUACCGGCAGCAGGAGACUUCUUCCUGGCGUCACGGGAGGUAUUCCAUCGGCUCGGGGGGUACCACCAGGUACCGAGCACGACGCACUUGGACUCGCUGCUGGUGUGCAAGGCACGGGGGCUGGGGGUACGCCAGGUGGUGCUGCUGCAGCCUUGCAUGAUGCUCCACCAGCGUCACCCGGCUCCCGUACCAGAGAUGAACUAUAUCCACACAGGCUGGGAGCUGAGCGAGGAGAACUGCAAGGCGAAGGAGGAGGAGGCGAGGAGCUUCAUGGCGGGGCUAGGAGGGGAGGGGAGGAGGGGAGAGGAGGAGUGCGGGGGGUCAGGGGCGAGCAUGAACUGCGAGUGGGGGUAUCCAGGGGAGAGGUUUAGGGAGGAGGAGGUAGGGGAGGCGAGGGCAGGGAACUGGCAGCACUUGAGUUCAUCAGGAUAUUCAGAUCUAGUGGAGCGACUGAGGAAGCAGGGAGGGGCCCUGCAUUCAAGUGAUGAGGCAGCGCUCAAAGCGGGAAGGAAGCGAUCGAGAGGGCACGAAGAGAACUUUCGGGUCGUGUUCUGCGUUGCGACGACGCCACAGCGGGUCAACCAGAUAGGAGGAGUGCUCGACUCGAUCAAGGGACAAGAUUUCCACCCGGACACGAUCUACCUCUCUCUGGUCGAUGUCGUGGAUGUCCCAAAGUGGAUCUUAGAGGACCGGCGGAUCCACGUCAUCACUCAUCCUCCUACAGACGGUCAUAGUGGUGACUUGGGCCCCAUCCACAAGCUCCUGGAUUGCGCUGGACGGGAAAACGAGGCCAACACAGCUAUCAUCACGUUUGAUGACGACAUGAUUCUUUCCCCGAUGCUAGCAGGUCGUCUUGUUCAGGCUAGCAAGAGAUGGCCGGAAGCUGCGAUAGGAUUUUCAGGUUGGAACGUCGACAAGUUCAAGUUCAGGUCUCCUCCUUCCUUCGAGCCCGAAGAUUUCAUCGGGCAGCACACGCCCUGGAACCUUCUGCCUAGCCGUGUGGACGUGCUCGAGGGGUACGCGGGUGUCAUAUAUCGACGAGGAUUGCUGGACCUCGACGGCAUUGCCACCAUCGUCAACGGACCGCAAGCAGCUCGUUAUGCUGAUGACGUCUGGAUCAGCGGCUUCCUGUCCGCGUGGGAGAUUCCAAGGAUGGUCAUUACAGUGAGAGAGGAAGGACCCCUCGAAGUGAAGGAAACAGGCAUGUCGUUCAAAGUGAUGUUCGGAGAGCUGUGGAAACAUGCAGAGCUUGUCACGGAUCGUCUCAGGAACCAUGGCGAUCGAGCGUUGAGGAACCAGCGAGUCGUGCAGCACUUCGACGGGUUAUGGUAG